AUGGCCAGAAAAGCAAGACGACUACCUCCUCCAGUGGUCCCGAUGUACCCACAAAAAGUUGUUCUGUCUGACGGGAGCAGCUUUACACAUUGGACAACGUCACCAAAAUCAUCCAUAAGACUUACUAGGGAUAUCUCUAAUUCUCCUCUAUGGACUUUGAGUGCCGCGAGUGGAGGAGAGGAGGAUGAUACGAGUGGAAGACUGUCGAAAUUCCGACUGAGGUUCGAUCAAAGUGGUGCCUUGGAUAAUUAUGAGGCCAGCCAACAUCUUAAUAGUCCACAAGAAGAGAACGACGACCUUCAUGCUCAAUUUUCCCAACCAUCUAUACCAGUCCUAUCAGAGGAAGAUUUAAAGGAAAUUUAUCGAGAUUUACUGCGCAUUGAAUACAUCGACAAGCCUAGAGAUGUGUUCCUAAAGUCCAUUUUGAAUGGUUACAAAGAGAUUGCGCA